AUGUCUUUCCUAGAGAAGUCCUUUAAAUGGGAGCAUGCGCCAUUCCAGCUCUACACCAAUCUGGGAGACUCUGGUCUCAAGAUUUCCAGAGUGAUUCUUGGGUGCAUGUCUUUCGGCAAAAAGAGCUGGUCUGAUUUCAUCGUUGAAGAUGAAGAUCAGGUGUUUGAAAUCAUGAAAAAAGCCUACGACAGUGGCAUCAGAACCUUUGACACUGCAGGAAACUACUCCAAUGGCUAUUCUGAGAUCUUGGUUGGCAAAUUCUUGAAGAAGUACAACAUUGACAGAAGAACUAUUGUGAUUUUCACCAAGUGCUACUUCCCGGUGAGCGAGGAGCCUGGUGCCAAUCCUACAAAUGGUUCAGAAGAGGGUGUCAACUAUAUCAACCGUGUCGGACUCUCGAGAAAGGCAAUUUUUGAUGCCGUUGACAAGAGCAUUGAAAGACUUGGAACCUAUGUCGACUUGCUGCAAAUUCACAGGUACGACAGAACUACUCCAGCCAAAGAGACCAUGGAGGCUUUGCACGAUGUUGUCAAGUCUGGCAAGGCUUUAUACAUUGGUGCCUCGUCCAUGAGAGCAUACCAAUUUAUCCGGCUCCAAAAUAUUGCUGAGAAGUACGGCUGGACAAAAUUUGUCUCGAUGCAGAGCUACUAUUCUCUUCUCUACAGGGACGAGGAGGACGAGCUGAUUGCUUAUUGCAAUGAAACAGGUGUUGGUCUCAUCCCUUGGUCCCCGCUGGCGGGGGGUGUUUUAGCCAGGCCCGCUGCCAAGGCGCAUGAUACUACAGUUCGCUCCUCGAACUCUCGGUUUCUUUCCUUUAUUGGUCUUGGUGAACUGACCGAAAAUGAUAAGGAAGUUAUCAACAGAGUGGAAGCUCUUGCUGCUAGGCACAAAGUUUCCAUGGCUACCGUUGCGACAGCAUGGAUCCUGGCUAAAGGACAACACCCAAUAUUGGGAAUUAACAAGCCUGAGAGACUGGACGAUGCAUUGGCUGCUAUUAGCCUCAAACUUUCUGAGGAAGAGGUUCGAUACCUAGAGGAAGCCUACGGCGUGAGAAAACUGCCAGCUUUGUACCACUAG